GGAAAAUUGGCAACUGGCAUUAGGCUUCUUCUCUUGAUACUUUCCAGUAUUGAAAGGCAAAAAAUAUAUUCUAAUUUAAUUCUUCAUCACAAAGGAAGCACUUUUCUGAGUCAUUGUGACAUAUUCCUUCCUCUUUUCUUUUAUCCUUCUAUCCUUAACCCUUCUUUAUCUCUCUGCUUACCUUUUUCUAUAUAUAUAGCCAACUUUUUCUUUUGUGCAUUUUUAAUAAACUGCAGCUCAUACCAUCAUAAAAGCCCAUUUGGAGUUCAAAUUCGAAAAAAAAGACCCUCUCAAUAAUUAAUUAAAAUGGAUACAUCAGCUUCCAAGUUUCAGCUCUGCUCAUUUCUGCUCUCUGUUCUCAUUGUCUGCUCAUCGGGUUCAUUACAUUCCAUCCGACACACGGUCUUCAUGGAACCCCCGAUCACCACCAACCCAANCAAUAACCCUGUCACCAACCCAUCCACCGGCGGCCCCACCACCACUGUCCCCUCCGCCUUCCCUCCCCCAGCUCCAAUACCCUCCACUACCGUCCCUCCACCCUCCUCCCCCCUUACCAACCCAGUCACCACGCCAAGCACAGCCAUCCCACAACCAGCGACAGGGACAGGGACAGGGACAGGCGGCGGAGGAGGGCAGAGCUGGUGUGUAGCCAAGGCCGGAGCUCCAGAGACAACCAUCCAAGCUGCGCUCGACUACGCCUGUGGGACGGGAUCUGCUGACUGCUCGGCCAUCCAACAGGGUGGGAGCUGCUACACCCCCAACACCCUGCACAAUCACGCCUCAUUCGCUUUCAACUCCUACUACCAGAAGAAUCCCGCCCCCACCAGCUGCGACUUUGGCGGUGCUGCCACAACUACCAACCUCAAUCCAAGCUCCGGCUCGUGCAUCUUUCCAAACGGGCCAACCUCAUCAUCGGCAUCACCAACAGCGAUGAAUCCAGGGACUACGACUCCGAUACCCACACCAACAACCGAUUCUUCAUCAGGAGCAACACCAACCAGCUCUGUCAUUCCUCCGGCGCUCUUCAACGCUAGCAGCCCAGCUCUGGGAGGCGGCAUCUCAGGCUACGGAGAGAGCCCAAUGGCGGCCAACAUAUCAUGGGCUUUUAGGCCCGCCAAAUCUCAGCCACUCCUUGGAUGUGUUGUCACCUUGACAACCAUCAUCAUAACGGCAGCUGUUUUGGAUGUUUAGAGGCACUCAAGGGAGAUGAAUGGAUCAAGUUUUGGGGUGCAGCUAAUUAGAUUAAUUAAUUGUUAGAAGAUUAAUUACAUCAUAUAUAUGUAUGUGUAUCUAUGUAUCUAUCUAUCUAUCUAUUGGCUCAGACUCAACUCAUUUAUUUUGAGCUUCUUACUAUGUUAAUUAGUAUAUAUGCGCAGUUUCCUGUUCUUAUCGCAUCAUGAGUUAUAAGUAUUUUAAUUAGCUAUUUAUGUAUAAUAAUAGUGUUGUGAUCUCUCCAGACAAGGACUAUAUUUAUCAUCUUUCAAAUUGUCUCCACUUGUGCACUGUCACUACAAAAUAAAUGUAUAUGUCUGCCCAUAUCUAUAUGCAGAGACGACAUAAAGG